CGACGUGCGUUGCGUCUGACGUAAACAUCGAUUGGCUUGGCGGCAACAUGGCGGCAUCCCAGGCCGGUGGGUCGUCGUUUUCGGCGGAAGAUGCGUUUUCUACGUUUUACACCGAGGUUAAACAGAUUGAGAAGAGGGACUCUGUUCUUACCCCAAAGCAGCAAAUUGAGAGACUAACCAGGCCUGGAUCCUCCUAUUUCAAUUUGAACCCUUUUGAGGUUCUUCAGCUCGACCCAGAGGCUACUGAUGAAGAACUAAAGAAGAGAUUCCGUCAGUUAUCGAUCCUUGUUCAUCCAGAUAAGAAUCAGGAUGAUCCAGAAAGAGCCCAGAAAGCAUUUGAAGCGGUGGACAAGGCAUAUAAACUGUUGCUGGAAGGUGAACAGAAGAAGCGAGCACUUGAUGUGAUUCAGGCUGGCCAGGAAUAUGUUGAACAUAUUGUAAAAGAGAAGAAGAAGCAAUUAAAAAAAGAAGGGAAAUCGGUACUGGUUGAUGAAGAUGACCCUGAAGUUUUUAAACAGGCUGUAUACAAACAAACCAUGAAGCUGUUUGCAGAACUGGAAAUUAAGAGGAAAGAGAGGGAAACAAAGGACAUGCAUGAAAGGAAAAGACAAAGGGAAGGAGAAAUUGAAGCUGAAGAAAAAGCCAAACGAGACAGAGAAUGGCAGAGAAACUUUGAGGAAAGCCGAGAUGGACGUGUUGACAGUUGGAGAAAUUUUCAAGCACACGCAAAGGGCAAAAAAAAGGAAAAGAAGGCACGGACAUUUUUAAAACCACCCAAAGUGAAGAUGGAACAGAGAGAGUGACCCCUUUCUUUGUGAGACGACUCCCCUGAGUUUUAUGAACUGUGAUUACAUUAUCUGUAGUGUCCUGUUUACUGGUCACCUGUUUGGCUGUGGAAAGGAUUCCCUUUUUUUUUUUUUUUUUUUCCAGCUUUUGUACAGCUCCCCUUUUUUAUUUAGUUUUUCUUUUGAAAGGAGACACUUCUAAUUUAAUAUUUUGUACCUUUUUAUUGUAACCAGUUUAAUUUCAUAAUGUCUUUCGACAUGUGACCAGUAUAAAGAUAUAUUUUCCACUUUAAUCUUAACUGCAAUCCCUGCUUAAUACAUCUCCAUGUAGCAGCAUAAUGGAUAAAAUGCUCUAUCCUCCCCAAAAGUUUUGCCAAGUAUGGUUUGCUCAGUUUGUAAGUGAUGAUGGGGCCUUUUUAUUCAGAUGUAGACCUGAGCCAGCAAUUGGAUUGCCUGACCUGUGUCAAGCCAUGCUAAAUUACAGGAUUGUGUAAAGCACAAUUAAAUAACAUUAUGUAGGUGCAGAUGUUGACAUUUUAGAUUCUGUCCCACCCUCUCUGUUUCAAUGUGGUAACAAACUGGGAGGCAUUUUUGCUACAAAUGCAGAAAUGCUUAUAUAUUUGGAUUGUAAAAUAGUUUGCUUAGCCCUAUAUUUGUUUACCCUGCAAAGCCAAUGUAUACAAGAUUGGGAUGGGGUCUUGUUGGGCACUAUGAAAAUCUAGGCAAGACGCCUUUGUUAUUUCAUGAAGGUAUAUAAAGCAGGGGGAAAACUAUUAAAGUGGAAAUCCCUUUAAGUUACUCUCAUGAUCAUUAAGCAGACCCUCUGUAGGCUCUGCCAUUUUUCUUUAUUGAGGUGGUGUCUAUGAAAGUUUAAUGAUUCAUAGACAUAGCUGUGUUCUAGCAGAUAUCUUCAAUAAAUCCAGUCUGCUGGUGGAAACUGGAUAAUGGAAUAGCAGUGAUGCCUGUUUUGGUUUGUAAAUCUUCAUGCCUGCCCUGUUGUGCUGACUUUGACAGCUAUUCUCUCCAUGCAUGUCUGUUGCCACAGUGCACACUGCAUGCCUUUGCAGAUUAUCUGAGCAGCAAUGCAGUGUUGUAGACUCCAAUUUCAGCUGUCCUAUAUUUGGUAAUCUGUUUUUCAUAAAGUUGAACAGAAGUUUCCAGGCAGUUGCUAACAGCUGUCAAUCAGUGCUGGAGUGCAAGUGUGAAGAUAUCUGAUCAUACACCAUUACAAGCACAGCCACUAGCUAUGUGCCACCUCCAGCUAUAAGGCAAAUGCUACAGUCCAUUACGAAACAUCAGAGAAUAAAUCCCUGAUAUAACAGAUGUUACAUUUGUUACAAUCACAUAUAUUUGGGUAUUAUACUAAUAAAUUGUCAUACAACAUU